AUGGUUGGGUAUAGAACCCUUCCAAUCCUGUUGGUUUUUGGGCUUUUUCAGACUCUGCAGGCAAAGUUUGUUUGGAGUACCGGAGGAGCUUCUUCUCUUUUUGUGGCUAUCGCCUUGCCAUUGGAUUUACCCAACAAAGAGGUUUUUUUGUCCUACAACUUUGAAGCUUCCUACGAUUUGCCCAGAACUUGGAAAAAGAAGCCACCAUUUUUGCGACACGGCAACGGCACUAAUGAUGAUAGUUUACUGAGUAAUCACCAUGGCCACCAUCAGUUUGAUGAUUUUGUUUAUGAUGACUACUACGAUGAUGAUCAACAUUCGGGGCACAAACAUAAACACCAUCACAAUAAGAAAAAGAAGAAAACUAAACCAAAACCUGGAUCUGCUGGCAAACCAUCCAAAAACAAACCGAAACAUAAACACAAAAAAAAGCAUAAGCCAAAACCGAAGCCUCCACCAGAGGAGGAAGGCGAUGAUGACUACAAGGACUUCUUUCAGGGAUUUCCAAUUGAUGGAAUGGGAGAUCCCGUACCCAGAAGUCUUGAGAAGAGAUCCCUACUCUCACGCUCUAAGUUUUAUGAAAUCCUUAGUCAUCGUUUCGAAAUGCACGGAUUAGGAACAGGUGAUCGCUGUUUAUUGAGACUUAUUUGCGAGGCGAAUAGCUACCAACUGGGAGAUCUCAAUGGUGUAUUGGGAACUUUGGUCCAUAUAAUGUUUAGUCCCACUACCUCACGAUAUGAGGCAUUACCCAAUCGUUAUUACAUCGCUGAGUUGGAUGGACGGAAAGGGAACUGCGGCGGUUAUAAAUCACAAUGCCAAUACAAUGUUCUCGACACGAUCACGCAACCCCUAAAAAAUAAAACUGAAAAGCUGUGA